CUGGGAUUUCAUGGCUAUAUUUUAUAGUCCAAUCGCCAAUGGGUAGUUGACCUUGUGCGGUGUGCGUAGAGAUGUUUUAUCUACAAGGCCAGACUGUUAAACGAUGUGUUAUUACGUAAUAACUAAUAUAAUGAUAGCGGACAAUUGUCGCGCCGGGUUUAACUGUAGAAAUGAAUGCACGUUACGAAAAAUGGAUAUUCACUGUAGCAUUCAUGGAUCUGUUCGCAGUCAGCCUCGUCAUGCCGCUAAUGUCCACCCACCUUAAGUCCCUCGGGGCGUCGCACUUCCUCAUUGGCCUGUUUGGGUCCGUGUACUCGGGCGUGCAACUGUUUUCCGGCCCAGUCGUGGGCAGCUGGAGCGACAUCAGAGGCAGACGCGUCGCGCUGCUGUUCACGCAGCUUGUCUGCUGUCUCUGCUACUUCUCCAUUGGGUUCGUCAACGCCCUGUGGGUUGUGUUCCUGCUGAGGGUCGUGAUUGGCCUGCUGAAGCACACCCAGUCGCUGUGCAAGGCCCUGGUGGCUGACGUGGUGACCCCGGAGAGGCAGCCCGCGGCCGGCAGUCGCCUCGCCUCCUUCUCCGGCAUGGGCUUCAUGGUGGGCCCGGCGCUGGGCGGUGUGCUCUUCGAGCGGGAGGGCGGCUUCACCGUGGUGUGCAGCAUCGUGGCCGCACUGUUCCUGCUCAGCGCAGGUAUUUCGUGCUUCUUGCUGCCGAGUGGUCCCGCGCAGCAGCGCCGGCAGGAGGACGGCGGGGCGGGGGGCUUUAUGCCGGCGAAGCACGAGCUGGUCCGGGCCGCGACGGAGCUGGCCAGCGUGGACUGGACCAGGUACUGGGACGUCUUCGCGCACAAGUUCCUGUCCAGCGUGGCGAUGAUGAGCUUCUUCAUGCACUGCGGCCUCAUCCUGACGGAGCGCUACGGGACGUCCCAGUCCUGGGUGGGGUACACCAUCUCCUUCCAGGGGUCCGUCUCCGUCGCGGCCGGCUUCCUCCUGGCCUGGCUCGACCGCUUCUACGCCCGCGACGAGCGCUGCAACCUCCGCACGCUGCACGGCUUCGCGGUCCUCGCGCUGUCCUUCGCGCUCCUGGGCUGUGCCCCGAACCUGGGGGCGUUCCUGGCCGCGCUCGUGCCGCUCAGCGCCGCCUCGUCUCUCCUGCGGCUGGCGGGGAACGAGGUGGUGAUACGGCGCACGCCGCCGGACAAGCGCGGGUCUCUCGUGGGGGCGGGAAACAGCGUCGCCUCCAUCGCCAGGCUGAUAUCGCCCCUGGUUGCGGGGGUCGUUUACGACACCGUAGGGGAGUCGGGGGUGUUCGCUUGCAGCAUUGCGAGUGCAGUGGGAGGGGCGCUGCUUUCUUGCUGGCUUAUACGUCGGGAAAAUAAACAACGCAAACACAGAUGAUUGUUUCCUGUGUGUGUUUUAUGUUAGAACAUUGUCAAAUCAUGAUAUUAAUUUUAAUAGUGAUAAAGAAUGUCAUGUGUCCCUAGGUUCCUUAAAAGUAGUGAUGGGUCAAUCAAAUAAAUGUUUCCCUAUAUAUAUAUAUAUAUAUAUAUAUCAAUUGUAAUUAUGAUAUGUAUUUGUUUGGGUAACUUAUUACUGAAACAAACAUUAAAUAUUUGAAUGUUUCAGUAGUAAUUUUUUCCUAGUACAUUGUUUAAUUUUUGAACCUACAUACAUUUGAAUUGGGAUUCAGAUGGAGAAAAUUAGGAUUUGACCCAUCACUACUUAAAAAUUUUGACAAACUAUUUUUAAGAAUGAUAGUUUUAUUUGUUUUUAAAUGUAUGUUGGUUAUGAUUAAUGUUUAUUGUUAUUGCUUCUGUUGUUUUUUGAGACUUCAGUUAAGUAAUUUAUAGUACCAGUAUUAUAUGUUUGAUUGGCAGUACAUAAAGUUGUAAGCAUGUGAUUAAAUGUACAUACCAUAGCUGCAUGCCUGUCCCUGAGUUUGAGAUUGUAUCCAAUAUAGAACAGCAAAAUGAUUUCAGGAAAAACCUCGAGCAGGAUACAACCCAAAAUAAAAUUGACAAAAUGAGGUUCAGGCUGUAAUAUUUAUAAUUUAUAAGUUGUUUGCUGAUGAACUAGGAAUAAUUCAAACACAUGUUAUAUAUACCGUGUUUUCUUGCAUAAUCGAAGCACAUUUUAUUCUAAAAUGAAAAGUAGGGGUCAACGAUUAUGCGGAAAAAAAUUUUGUUUGUUAGAUAAAGUAUUCAUUAAAACAAAACCCAUUCAUGGAAAGUACGUUUAUUUACAAAGUGAACUAUAAAAGGGCACGCCAAACAAUUUAAUUUAAUAAGUCAUGCAACAAAAACCUUUCUUCAACUUAAAAUAGAAAAACAAAAUCUGUGAUCCAAAUGCAAGCCGAACGAAUGUGUAACAAACUACCUUAGUAAACACCAUGAGUGUGCGGGAUAUCAAAUGUAGUUAACUCGGUACCGGAUAGAGAGUGCGCGUUGCAUGCACUAGGCUAGAUAUCGAUAUUCAACUACGCGUUCGUGCUCUAUAUGGGAAGCAACAUAACCAAACAGUAAUGAUUGCAAUGAGUGCUGGCCACAUUUUUGUAAGCGAUACACCGCGGCGAUGCAGACGAACAGAUGAAGGUUAUAACGUUUAAAAAGUCUUUAAAAGAAAAUUUACACUUGGACAGCUUCGUAUUUUCGUUAUUUAAAUAAGUACGCGGUAAUUUCUGAAUAAAAAUUAUGUUUAUACUUUAAAAUACAUAAUUUUAUAUGGGAUAGAUACCUACAAUCGGCGAGUUAUCGAUAUUCAACUACGUGUGCGCGCUCUAUACGGGAAGCAACAUAACCAAACAUUAAUGAUUGCAACGAGCGCUGGCUACAUUUUUGUAAGCGGUACACUGCGGCAAUGCAGACGAACAAUAAAGAUUAUAACGUUUAAAAAGUCUUUAAAAGAAAUUUUACACAUCUGACAGCUUCGUAUUUCUGUUAUUUAAAUAAGUACGCAGUAAUUUCUGAAUAAAUACUAUAUUUAUACUUUAAAAUACAUUGUUUUAUACGGAAAAGAUACCUACACAAAGCGCUCGGCAUCUACUAGCGGGACAAAAAACAUCAUGCGACGUUUACGCGAGAAGUUUUUCUAUCCCAGUUUUGACAGCCUAAAAUAUGGUUGCGACGAUUACGCACGUGCGACGAUUAUGCGAUAAAAAACGGUAUACUAAAAUCAAGUUUGAAAAGUAGGGGUGCAUAUUUUUAUGAGAAAAAAAUUUUGUUUGUUAGGUAAAGUUAUUCAUAAAAACAAAACCCAUUUAUGGAAAAUAUGUUUAUUUAAAAAGUAGAGUAUACAAAAGCAUGCCAAACAAUUUAUAUUAAUAAGUCCUGCAACAAAAUUUUUCUUCAACUUUAAAUAGAAAAACAAAAUCUGCAACCCGAAUGCGAGCCUGAACUAACGAAUAACUAUCGUCGCAGUACACACCACGAAAGAGUGUGGGCCAUCAAAUGUAGUUAACGCAGCACUCGACACAGAGCGCACGUUGUAAGCAAUCGGCGAGAUAUCGAUAUUCGAGUACGUGUGGGCGCUCUAUACAGAAAGCAACAUAACCAAACAUGAAUGAUGCCAACUAGCGCUGGCUACAUUUUUGUAAGCGGUACACUGUGGUAACACAGGCGAGCAGAUGAAGGUUAUAACGUUUAAAAACGUCUUUAAAAGAAAACUUAUACAUCAGACUUCUUCGUAUUUCCAAUUAAAUAAGGGAUAAUAUCCAAAAUAAUAUUAGAUUUAUACUUUAAAAUACAUCAUUUUAUAUGGAAAAAAUGCCUACACAAAGAGCUCAUAAUCUAAUAGCGGGAACAAAAACAUCAUGCAACAUUUACACGAGAGUUUUUUUAAUCCAAAUCUUGAUGCCCUAAAAUAAUGGUGAGAGGUUAUGCGCGUGCGACGAUUAUGCGAUAAAACAGGGUAAUCAUAGUUUCAACGUCGUAUAAAUCAAUCGUUACAAUCUAUCUAACACCGUGUGAUACAGUAGCAGCUUACUUGCUGUAUAUAUCUACGAUGAAACAGAUGUUGCGACUCAAAAAUAUAUUUAAAAUAAACUUAAAUAAUGGUUUAAGAUUCCAGAUGAAAUUAGUAAAAAUUGUGUUUAUAACAUUGCUGAACUAAAAUACAGUUUACCUUAACCACAAAAACUCAUAAGUAAAUAACUAAGGUUUAAAUCACUUAUUUGGGAAUACAGCAUUUAAAAAAAAUUAUUCAAUUUUUUAUAAUAUUGCAAUGGAUUUCAGGGUAUUUUGCUGUGUGCAAAAAUAUAAAUAAUAAAUUACUAAUGUAAAUAAAAUUAUGUAUAUUUACAAGGCAGUGAUGAUAUGUACAUGUAUGAAGUGAUUGAGAAAUCUAGCAAAAUGUUGGGAAAUAUUAACAAGAUGGAAAAUUAUUUAAAUAAUACUUAUGAGAACGUAAAUUCGGCAAAUUAUAUAUCAUUGGGAAGGUGUGUCUCCAUAUUAGGUUGUUCGAUAACGCAUACAAAAUGACUCUUGUGAAACUUUCAGUUAAAGUACUGAUGUGGAUCCAUACCACAUUUUCUUGAUGCUUGAUACCUAUAUCAAGUACUAUCAUACUCUCUCGCAACUUUGAAGACAGAUAACUUAAUCAUUAUCAAAUAAAAAUAGGUUUCAGAUUGUACGUAUUACAAUAGCACACUUCGUAUGUAUCUCAAAUCUGUAGUACAUAAGUAUUCUGUUAAUCUCUAAAAUAUAAUGGAUGUAUUGAAUCAAAUUUUAAAAUUUUCGUCAAAAUAAUUGUUGUAUAACAGUGAUACCAACUCCUCUUUUCUGAAGGCUGGACAAACAUUAAUCGGGGGGCACGGCAGUGCCCCCGCCAAGUCAAGCGCGAAGCAAACACUGCCAUACCAUCCUUUACUGGAACCAUUUCGCCGCAUUUUCAGGCCCCUAUUUGAGAACCUCUGGAUAAGACCAGAACUCAGAAAUUUUCAUCAUCCAGUAAGCUAUAAAAUCACAUACUUAAAAUAAAAUUUCAAGUCUGUGGGUCAUUUAGUUCCGAAGUUAAGCGAAAGCAAAGUUUCGCAUUCAUGACACUCACUCACUCACUCACUCACUCACUCACUCACUCACUCACUCACUCACUCACUCACUCACUCACUCACUCACUUACUCACGAUCAUCAGAAUAGAAUUAGUACUUCCCAUAAACUCAGAGAGCUGAAAUUUGGUACAGAGUUAGGGUUUAAUGGCCACAUAAAGGGAAAACUAUAAAAACUAGGAUAAUCGAAGAUCUGGAGUACCUGGUGACCCUUAUUUGAAAACACAAGAGCCCAACCAAACUAUUAAAGAUCGACAUAACUUUGUUUGCCUCUUCAUUGGAAGUCAAAAAUCGAAGGUCUGAAGUAUCUGAUGAAGAACCCUCAGCUUGUCUCAGCUGUAUUAGAGAUAUGGUAAUGCCCCCUUCUACUAUUGGUACAUAAAAAAAUCGACUGUCAUUGCAAAAAUCCAGCGUAGUGGGACACAUCUUCUAAUUUAAUCUAGCCUAUUGCUUCCCACUGCUGGGCGAAUGCCUCCCCUUCUGCUUUUAAUAUGCAUAUAAAUAAAAUUAAAGGAAAACUCUGGAUAAGACUAGACUGGCUUUUAUACUUAUACUUACAAGUUUACAAGAAGAAAUAGUCGAACAAUUAACUUUAUUCUACUCGAACAUUACACAAAUGAAAUAAACAAAUUACACUAAAAUAUUAAAUAAUUUCGCUCAAAAUGGCGGUGAUACCCGCAUACGUCUCUAGAUGGCGCCGACUGUAUUUUAAAAUGCGCUUACGUUUGUUUUUCCGAUAACCUUUUAUUGCGAAGUGGCAACCGGCCACGUUACAGUCGUUUACGACAUUCUUCUACUGCGCUUGAAAACGUUUGCUAGGGAUUAGGAGGGAUUAUUUGCAUUUCGUUGAUUAGCUUAUUAUUUCGUGAGGUUUAGGCGUAAAUACCACGCCGAUUUUUCAGAAAUUAAACCGUCUAAUAGAAUAAAUAAUGAACACGAAUGGGCAAUACGAAAUACUGUUGCUACUGUACAAGGAUCAGAACCGGAAAAAAAGAAAAGAAA